UUUUCUCGCGCUGUCUGUAAACCGUAAUAUGGAGACAAAGCUGUAGGUUGGAUAUUUUAAAUACGAGUCCGUCUGUCAUAAAAACAAUCUAAGAUUCAGGCAAAGAUCACUUUUCAUCCGUAUAAUACUCGUAAAAUAAUCACACGAUAUCAUAUUUUAAUGGCAGUAUGCCAUGUAUCGUAUAUAGCUCGAUCACAUAUUACGUACGUAAAUGAUAAACUAAUUUGAUGGUCCACUGUCUUCAUCACCUCUACAGCCACACAUAUCUGACGAUUUUGUAUGUGUUUAGGCUCUAUUAAAUAACGUAUAGUAAGUCUAACAUAAGAGUAUUUAUCAACCAUAAUUUUUGUCAUAUUAUUAGCCUAUUAGGGUGAUUGAAAAACAUCGACUUAACAACUUAUUAAUUUUGUAGACUCGUGGAAAAAACUUAGGUUACGUUUGGCAUUAAGUUUAGCUACUAUCGAAUCAAAAGCUCCCCAACUAAUUAUUACUACAUAAAAAUUUAACAUUAAUAUAGAUAUAUAGAGUGAAGACAUAAGUACUAAAGUAAUAGAGAACUUUCCCCAUCAAAGUCUCUCCCUCUUUACUCAUGGACUCGAUGUAGCUUUCUCACAUUCAAUGCUUUAACCAUAUUAUACUCUCACACAUACAUGAUAUAUGUAUAUGCGUCUCUCUUUAUAUAUGAGUACGUGCGUGUAAAUCUACAUACUUCUCUCCCACACACAAAAAAAAAAACUCUUUGCUUCUUCUGUUAGAAUCAUACAAUCUGUGUUUGGAGACAUGCAUCCCUACGCGUGUGUGAUGGAGAGAGGAAAAUGCUUGAUGUCGAUGAAGCUUAGGCCAGUGGUGGCGAGAGAGACUUCGGACGCGGCUUUGCGCUGGCCAUUUGGGGAAGAUAGAGCGUUUGCGGCGGUUGAGUAUGGCGGUGGAGGUGGUUGCAUGUGGCCGCCUAGGUCUUACUCGUGCAGCUUUUGCGGGAGAGAGUUCAAGUCAGCGCAAGCACUAGGCGGUCAUAUGAACGUUCAUCGAAGAGACCGAGCGCGUCUUAAACAACAAUCUUUAUCAUCUUCAUCAACUGACCAAGCCAUGGCUAUCGAUUACGAUCAUCAACAGCUACAAAAGCAACAAGAAGUUCUUGACGUGGGAUCGAAGUUUCUUGCCCAAGAAGAUUCAAGAAAGGCCAAUGGAGCUAAGAGGGAUAUAAGUGAUGUUGAUGAUAGUAACGUUUUAGAAAGUUCUAUGAAAAGACUAGAGCAUUACAAUGAUGAAGUCAAGACUGAUCUAUCUGUAGGUCUAGCGAGUUCUGAGUUCGAUCAUCGGAAGAAGCAACCAAUCAAUGGAUUUUCGUCGUCCAAGAAGGCAAAGACUGAUGUUUCAAGAUUGCCACUGAUGUUAGGAUUGGUCAUUGGAGUAUCCAAGAUCAACGGUCAUCACGAGGAGCUGGAUCUUGAGCUACGGCUAGGAGGCCAUCCAUCAAAAGUCAACUAGCCUAAGUAGUUAUAAUAAUGACAAUAAUAGUUAGUGUGAUUGCCAAAAAGAAGAAGGUUAAUUGUCUGUAAUUUCAAGAGGGGAAAUAGUAGCUUCUGUAGUGUUGGUUUUGAUAUAGUAAGAUUUUAUUUUAUACUGCGCGAAGAUUUGACAUUAAUAUAAGACACUAAAAACUAAAUAAUAAGUUUGACCAAAAAAAAAACCAUGUGAACUCCUACGUUACGUUAUCAUAUCAUCCUUUUCUUGGGUAACCCAGUUAUCAUAUAAGCCUACGAGAAAAUUAGAAAACAAGAACUAAAUAUUAAUUGUUUUUAGCGAUAAUCAAAAGACCUAUAUCAAAAAAGAAGAAGAGAGCUGAUAUCAAUAUUUUAUCGACGGGUUUUGCCUGUAGCAAGUAAUAAACACGCUCGGUUUAAUUUUUGAGUGGACCUUGUGCAAGUUCUAACUUUUCAGAAACAAUAAAAACAAUUUGUAAAAUAGGGCCUUAAUUCUACAAAUUUGAAUCCUAAAUUCUAACUAAACUUAUUAAAAUUUUGGGUGGAUCCUGUGCAAAUGUGGUCUGUGCACAGAGCAAUAGCCGGCAGUGGUAAUAAAUAACGGAAAGGCAAUCAAUUUUACUAUAAACUUACAAGGGAUGGCCUCUUGGCCUCGAAUAUAAAUUAACAUUCUUACUUGUAUACAUAACAGUGGUUGGCACAUGGAAGUAUAGGAUAAGGUUUAUUUUGACUCUUACUUUUACUCUUUACAUGUUUGAAAAUAGUAGGAGUUUGGAAAACUACUCCUCUACUAGUUGGCUUUAUAAUUAUAGAAAUCAAUAGUACCAUAAAAAUAUUAUAUACAUAGAUAAAACUACCCAUGAGACAAAUUCUGAACAGUAAUAAAUUAAUUUAUUUUCCUUACUUCUCUUGGUAACGGGGAAAUGCUCUAUCAAAGUAUUGAUUAUCGAAUUAAAUAGAAAUGCACUGGGCAUAUGAGGGAACAGAUGAUUAUUAUUUGGUUCACACCAACUUUGCAGAUCUGAACAUAUUACACACUGUUUGUAUACAUAUUUAGAUUUGUAACCUGUAAUUGUGAUAAGGGUAAAAAGUGAUUGAUCGAAGUGAAAGUGGUCUUUUCACAUUUACAGAUCUUAAUAUAAAUAUAUACUAACGUUUGUAUAAUGUACUUUUACCUUUGUUUUUGUCUGUUUUUUUUCAAAGACAAUUUGAUAAAAUUUUAGUGUUAGUGGAUCUAAAUACGAUUUAUUGAAACGUUUAGAGAGAAAUAGAACUCACGUCAUCUAGUCUGUAAAGUUGUAACAAAUAUUAUAAAUUUUAACAUCAGAUUUAAAGAACUCAAGAAAAUUGGAUCAGUUUAAUUUUUUAACUAAUAAAUAAAAUUCAAUUUUGUAUAAAUUAGAGUCAAAUGAAUUAAUUAAACUGAAUUAUUACUAACUGAAACCAAUCACACUUACCAUAAAUUAAAUUACCUAUAUAAUUAUAAAUUAAUUAAUAUGUUUCUAUUUGUAAGCUAAACCUUGCUGGCCCAACAUUAAUUUAAAAUUUGUGGGUAACUAUAACCUAAGUGUUGCAGCUCAACAAUAUCUAACCUCAAUCUAAGAAAACCUUCUUAUCUAAAAAUAUAAUAAAACACACAAAAAAAUUAGAAAAAAACACAGAAAAUUAACUUAAUUAAACUGAUUUUUUUCAGUUAAAAAAAACUUGUGGACGUUCUGCCGAGUUUUCUGUAGGGAGAGAGAAUACAAAAUCUAUAAAUAAAAUUAAAGAAAAUAGAAAAAAAGAGAA